AUGAUCAACACGUACCAGACCAGCCUGGCUGCACCGCCGGUGCCUCCGCGCCUCAACAGGUCCCACCAGGUCCUCAUCCCGGGUCCACAUCCAUCACAAGGCCAAAGCAAACAUGUCAUCCACUUCUUGGUCGGUGUAGUGUUGCUGCAUUUAUUUCUGUCGGUUGCAGCAUUCAUCUAUCUGUACCAGAAUGACAAAAUGCUUUCAUUUCAGCUUCCCUCGAGUGAAGGAAAAACUGCUGCUCAAUCAGACAAGCAGGAUACUUCCUACAAAGCUUUGGCACGCAUGGUGGUUCUACAACCUCCACUAGAUCAGAAACCUGUUGCCUCUGCAGCGGGUUAUCUCCAGUGGGACACAACUAAGGAUCACUCAGUGCUGAGCAACAUCAAGCCCUUCUACCAAAGCUGGCUGACCAUCCUGCAGCCUGGAGACUACUACGUCUACUCCAGGGUGACCUUCUCCAAAGGCCACUCCACGCUCCCGCUGGCCUCCAUAGUGAAGCUGAGGAAGAGUGAGACAGCAAAGGUGGAGAAUGUGAUGCAGGCCUACUGCAACCUAAACUACAACAGGCAAAUCCCUAGUCCGUGCUCGGCCACGCAGGGAGGCCUCGUCAGACUGGAGAAAGGAAACCAGCUUAGCCUCUGGGUACAAGACCUUUCACUGGUGAACUACGACAUAGCAGCCACAACCUUUGGGAUGUACAAACUGUAAUAUGUGAGCACAUGUAUGGACCGAAGCAGAACAGUGGGAACUCAUUCAGUGGAUGUACUGGGAUUUACGCUGUUAAAUAGACUGGAUCGUUUAUCAAACUAAGGGAUUUUGAUCUUAUUCGUGGGGACCAAGACAACAUUCCUGAAAUAUAAUUUAUUAAUCAGAUACAAGUGUGUUAUUAUUAUUAUUCAUUUUGUGGCAGCAAUGCCAAUGACUGUUCUGUAUUUAUUUAUGCAAACAAGUUUGUAUGGCUGUUAAAUCAAACUUUGAUAUUUAAUCGAAAAGAUUUCUUCUCUUUUUCUCACUUUGUAUUGCAUCUGAAGGUUCAGAAGUUUAAGGAGGACUAGACUAGAUGCCACAUGUUUGGUGUUAUGGGUGGGCAUGCAUGUCCCAAAAAUGCAGAAUAUUUUAAAUGAAGAAAAGAUAUGUAGAAAUUUUCUGAAAGAAAUCAACAAUGAGGGGAUCAGGUGACCUCAUACAAAUUAAAAAUACCCAGAUGCAUCACCAGUAUUAACAAAAUGCCCAACAUGAUGCCCCAUGGGCUACUCAAAAAUCACACUUUUAGAACAUUUGGUGUGCAGCGCAAAACCUAGAGCGUGUUCAUCGCAGCCUAGUCUGAACCACUAUGGUUUUCAAUAUCUAGGACACAGAAAACCA